UGCUUAAACUCUUGAACGAAAUAAUUUGUUACAAUUUCGGUUUAACAGAAGGAGUUAAUCUUCCAUACGCGCGACCUCCGGUGUUGUUUGUGCCAACAGUCGCGCGUAACCAGUCACAGUCGCGCGUGACCGGUCACAGUGGCGCACCUCGAGUCACAUCCGGUCACCGACGUGCUGUAUCCUCGACUCGCCUCAUCAUCACCCUCGUUGCGCGCCUCACCGUCGUGUUGCAUCUCUUUUCACUUCGUUUUUACUGCUUCUUCUUAAUACGUGAAGCAACUCCUCCGUAAUUUCUGUUCUUGAAUACCCAUUGAGGGUGCUGAAGGGGAAGUUAUUGAAAUGGCAAGCUACCUGUGGAGAAAAUAUGCAGAUUAUUUGUACACAAAGUGGGAAAAAACCUUUCUUUGGGACAUGGUGGAACCUUACAGAAGGCCCAAAUCCUUUACUCCAUUGGUCACUAUUUACAUGGCUGCUUUCUACUCUGGAGUCAUUGGUGCUGCCAUCACUGAGCAACUCUACAAGGAAAAGUACUGGGAAGAGCACCCUGGGAAAGCAGUGCCUCUCAUGAGACCAAAGUUUUAUGGGGGUCCUUGGAGGGUCAUGGGCGGUAAUGAACCCCCAUCCGAAUGAAAAGCUCUGGAGGCAGCAUUUUUCAUACUUAAUUCCAAUUCACUUCAUGUUUUAUUAUUAUUUGAUUACUGUCUGUUUGGUGUCAACAAAAUUUUACUGCCACACAUAUUAUAUCAGAGUGUGGUCUUUUUUGUAAUUGUGUUAUUAAUAUCACUUGUUGAUUGGCUAUUAAUAUAAGCAGAACAUGGUAAUUAGGUACUAUGUUUUGGUUUAUGCCUUUAUGGAAUUAUUGGUGAUCCACUUCAAACCUCUCGAUGUACAUGAACUUUAUUUUUGUUAAUCUUGUAUUACUUUGCUUCUUGACAAGGACUGACAUUUUUUCUUCAA